AUGGAAAAUGCUUUUUAUAUAUAUACUAAAAAUGCGUCUGACAUGGACAGUAGAACUUUUGUAAAAAUUCUAAAGGAUUCAAAUCUGUUGAAUAAAAAAUUGACAACAGUUGAUGCUGAUCUUACAUUUGCAAGAGUCAAAACUAAAGGUGCUAAGAGAAUUAAUUACAAUCAAUUUGUUGAAGCAAUUAGAAGCUUAGUAGAUAAACACAGUUUAGACUAUGAUAAAUUUGUAGAACAAUUAUGUAGCGAAGCUUCAAAUGGACCUAUUUUAUAUGGUACAAAAACUGAUCAUGUAAGAUUCUUCGAUGAUAAAUCAACUUAUACCGGUGUUCAUAAACAAGGAGGUCCUACAAUAGUUGAUAAAAAUAGAACUAAAUUUUCUGAUUUAUCUGAAAUUGUUGAUCGUUCUGAAUUUAAUACUAGAGGAGUUAAUGUUAGUGUUGCUAAGAAUGUUUAA